AGAGCCCGGAAGUGCGGGCGGAGCGGCCGGCCUAGGGGAGCAGGAAAGGCUGGGGGGCCGAGCAGCCCCGGGCCGGAGGGGAGCUGCGCGUCAUGGCCGUGGUGCUGGCCGUGAGGGUGGUGGCGGGUCUGGCGGCUGCGGCGCUGGCAGCCCUUCUCCUGGAGCACUAUGGCCUGGCGAGCCGGCCCUCGCCGCGACCCCAGCCCCGGGGCCCCUUGCGGACCCACCCCGCGCCAGGGCCUGGAGUCGGCAACAUCUUCUGGGGCCUGCAGAUAUCCGACAUUCACCUGAGCAGAUUUCGCGACCGAGGCAGAGCGGUAGACUUAGAGAAGUUCUGUUCACAAACUAUUGACAUCAUUCAACCAGCUCUUGUGCUAGCUACAGGAGACCUGACAGAUGCUAAAACAAAAGAACAGUUGGGAUCCAGACAGCAUGAGAUAGAAUGGCAAACUUACCAGGGUAUUCUGAAGAAGACCAGAGUUAUGGAAAAAACCAAGUGGCUGGAUAUCAAAGGAAAUCACGAUGCAUACAACAUUCCAAAUCUGGAGAGCAUCAACAAUUAUUACAGGAAAUACUCUGCAGUACGCAAGGAUGGCUCUUUCCAUUAUGUUCACAAGACUCCCUUUGGCAACUAUUCUUUCAUCUCUUUGGAUGCCACCCCAAAUCCAGGGCCUAAGAGACCCUAUAAUUUCUUUGGAAUUUUAGAUGAGGAACGGAUGAAGGAGCUCUUAUUACUGGCUCAGGAAAGUAGUCAGAGCAACCAUACCAUUUGGUUUGGACACUAUACAACAUCCACUAUCCUUUCUCCAUCACCAGGGAUUCGGGCAAUAAUGAGUUCGGCCACAGCCUAUCUGUGUGGGCACCUGCACACACUUGGUGGACUGAUGCCUGUUUUACACACGCGUCAUCUCCAGGGCACUCUGGAACUUGAGGUUGGAGACUGGAAAGAUAAUCGAAGGUACCGGAUCUUUGCUUUUGAUCAUGACCUCUUCAGCUUUGCAGACCUGACCUUUGACAAGUGGCCUGUAGUUCUUAUCACUAAUCCUAAACCACUCCUCUAUACUUGUGCUGGACAUGAACCACUAGAAAGACUCCUCCACUCAACGCACAUCAGAAUCUUGGCCUUUUCCGUAUCCUCCAUUGCUUCUGUCACUGUUAAAAUCGAUGGAGUCAAUUUAGGGCAGGCUACUCAUUUGUCUGGUCCUAUUUUUACACUGAAGUGGAAUCCCAGAACCUACAGUAAUGGGACACAUGACAUAGAAGUGACCGUCCAGGACUCUGCUGGGAGAAGUAAGAGGGCUCGCCACACAUUUUCUGUUCAAGAGAACAUUCAGCUGGCAUUCGACCCCCUGGCAUCAUUUGUUCUCCUUACCGACCACUGCCUCCUGGGCCGGGUUGUAUUUGUGCUGAUUGCGCUGAUCCAGCUUGCCACUCUCAUUACUUAUAGGUAUCUAGCAUACCCAGAGCUGAAAGAACCUCCAGGAUUUAUAAAAUUGACUUCAUUUUCUCUCCAUGUUUUGAGCAAAAUAAACAUCUUCUACUAUUCUGUGUUGUUGCUGACCACAUAUACGGUGUUGGGACCAUGGUUUUUUGGUGAAAUCAUUGAUGGCAAAUUGGGUUACUGCUUUUCCUUUGGGAUGUUUAUUGAUGGACAUUUCCUACAAGGCAGUCUAACAUUUAUAAGUGGAAUUCUCCAGUUGGUGUUUUUUAACGUCCCCUUGAUGGCUUACCUGUGUUGGAGCCUGCUGCAGCGGUGCUUCGGUCACAACCUCAGGUCUCAUCUCCACCAGGGCAAAUACUUGAAAACCGUACCCGUCCACUUCCUCAUGCUCCUGCUGUACACCUGGCAGGUCUACGCCUGCUAUUUCCUUCACGUCACCUACGGCACGGUGGCUCUCCUGUUCUCCCCGCUGCGGACCUGGCUGACCCUGCUCACCCCGGUACUGGUGCGUCGCGUGUGGACACUGAAUCCCGCCACGUUUGGAACCUUCAUGGUGCAGUUAAAGAGCCACCUGAGCUCCUGAAAGCCACCAGCAGACGGGCAGGAAGCCUCACCUCCCCCUCCGUGGCCCCCGGGUGGAAAGCCACCCUCGGCGGGAAAGCUUCCCGGAGCCGCCCGCCGGCCGGCCGGCCGGCACCCCGACGUAGGAGCGAUGACGACUACUGACUUCCCCAAGAGUGAACUGCAGAAAAGUCCAAACAAUGACUUGAUUCCUCCCUCCCUCCCUCCCUCCCUCCCCUAGGGAGGCGGCGGCGCGGAGAGCCCUGGGGAAGGAAGGGCAGCCGCGGGGUA